UGGAAGUAAAUUUAAAGCAAUUAGUAGUUCGAUGCGGUAAAGCUCUUGCUGUAUCGUUCCCCCUUUGCGUCCUACUUCCCUUCGCCUCAUUCCACUCGGAUCCAUGGCGACCACCACUCUUCCCAAAUCCGAAGCCGUCUCCAAGGGCUACAACUUCGCCUCUACAUGGGAGCAGAACGCUCCAUUAACAGAGCAGCAGAAAGCCGCGAUCUUGGCGCUGUCCAACGCGGUCGCGGAGCGGCCUUUUCCUCCGAAUCUGUCUCAGGAUCAGGUUCCAGGAAAAGAUUGUAAUUUAUCGAUCUCCACCCAAGAUUCGACCGCGGAAGAGACGGGGGCCACGGAUGCAGUUUUGGUCAAUACUCACCAGUUUUACAAAUGGUUUACAGAUCUUGAAUCAGCUAUGAAGUAUGAGACAGAGGAGAAGUAUCGUCUCUAUGUGAAUACACUGAUGGAACGCAUUCAGAUAUGUGAUGGAAUACUUCAACAGGUGGAUGAUACCCUCAAUUUAUUCAAUGAACUACAAUCGCUGCAUCAGACUGUUGCUACAAAGACAAAAACUUUGCAUGAUGCAUGUGACCGAUUAUUGAUAGAGAAGCAAAGGUUGAUAGAAUUUGCAGAGGCACUUCGAAGUAAGCUCAACUAUUUUGAUGAAUUGGAGAAUGUUUCCACCAGUUUCUAUUCUCCAAACAUGAAUAUUGGGAGCGAACAGUUUCUUCCUUUGUUGAAACGUCUUGAUGACUGCAUUUCGUAUAUUGAAAGCAAUCCACAGUAUGCAGAAUCUGGUGUUUACUUAGUCAAGUUUCGACAACUCCAGUCUCGGGCAUUAGGCAUGAUUCGAUCCCAUGUGCUUUCGGUUCUUAAAGGUGCUUCUUCUCAGGUGCAAACUGCCAUUCGAGGUAGUGGUUCAAACAAAACAACUGUUUCGGAGGGUGUUGAGGCAUCCGUUAUUUAUGUUCGCUUUAAGGCAGCAGCUAGCGAGCUAAAACCUCUGCUAGGGGAACUUGAAAGUAGAUCUACUAGAAAAGAAUAUGCCCAGAUUGUUACAGAAUGCCAUAGAUUGUAUUGUGAGCAGAGACUAUCAUUAGUGAAAAGUAUAUUGCAGCAGCGGAUAUCUGAGUUUGCAAGGAAAGAGGCCUUGCCAUCAUUAACUAGGUCUGGAUGUGCAUACUUAAUGCAGGUUUGUCAGCUUGAGCACCAACUCUUUGAUCAUUUCUUUCCGUCAACUUCAGGAGAUGCCUCAAAUUUGGCUCCUCUAAUAGACCCCAUGUGCACAUAUUUGUAUGACACGCUACGCCCCAAACUUAUACAUGAAGCAAAUCUUGAUUCUCUCUGUGAACUUGUUGACAUCCUAAAAAUUGAAGUGCUCGGAGAACAGCUUAGCAGACGUGGUGAGUCACUUGCAGGAUUGCGUCCCACGCUACAAAGAAUUCUAGCGGACAUUCAUGAGAGAUUGACAUUCUGUGCUCGGACACACAUACGUGAAGAGAUAGCUAAUUACCGUCCUUCUGAUGCUGAUCUAGAUUACCCAGCUAAACUGGAGAGAUCUACUGAGACAACUUCAGACACCACCGUUGAUGAUAACUCAGACAUAUUCAGAACCUGGUAUCAACCAUUGGAAAAAACAGUAUCAUGCCUGUCAAAGCUAUACCAUUGCUUAGAACCUGCAGUUUUCACUGGUCUAGCUCAGGAAGCAGUAGAAUUUUGCUCAAUAUCCAUACAGAAUGCAAGCAAAUCUAUUGCAAAGAGAUCUACUCCGAUGGAUGGACAGCUUUUCCUCAUUAAGCACCUUCUUAUUUUGAGGGAACAGAUUGCUCCAUUUGAUAUUGAAUUCUCUGUCACCCACAAGGAGCUGGAUUUCUCUCAUUUGCUGGAGCAUUUGAGGAGGAUUCUAAGAGGUCAGGCCUCACUAUUUGACUGGUCAAGAUCAACUUCGUUGGCUAGAACUUUAUCUCCUCGAGUUCUCGAAAGUCAAAUAGAUGCUAAGAAGGAACUUGAGAAAAACCUCAAAGCUACAUGUGAAGAAUUUAUAAUGUCUGUCACUAAGCUAGUUGUUGAUCCGAUGCUUUCAUUCGUCACUAAGGUUACUGCUGUGAAAGUUGCAUUGUCCUUGGGCAAUCAAGACCAGAAAUCAGAUUCUGUUCUAGCAAAACCCCUCAAGAAUCAAGCAUUUGCUGCUCCAGAUAAAGUGGCUGAGCUAGUUCAAAAGGUUGGAACUGCUAUCGAGCAAGAAUUGCCAAAUGUUAUUACAAAGAUGAAGCUUUAUCUGCGAAACCCAUCGACACGGAUGAUCUUGUUUAAACCCAUCAAGACAAAUAUAGUUGAAGCUCACUUACAGUUACAGAAGCUGCUAAAAUCGGAAUAUUCGGCGGAAGAAAUGCAGCGUAUUGGCUUGGUGCCAAUACAGGACCUGCAGGAUCGUCUGGACAACGUUCUGUAGAUCCAGCCAUGUUUCAGAUGAUACAUGUAACGUCAGUGUGUGCCUUCUAUCGUAUGGUGGCAUUGGUAGACAGAAAACCAGUGAGGUUGCUUAUUUGGUUGCCUUACAUUUGAAACAAAUCGCAGCCACUAACCUCGGGGCUCCAGCCGCCCCCAAAUACGCAACAACAGCCCAAAUUUGCUGUGUUUUUGUCGACAGCUUGGCUUCAUCCACCGCAUAAGUCGAAGUAUGGACUUCCGUAUUCUAUGCUUGAAAUAUUUGUUAAGUCUUUUCUUUGCUUUCUUUUCUUCUUUUUCUUUUUAGCAAUUUUGUGUGACAAAUAAAACUUCGCCCAACUUGCUUUAGACUGCAGUUGGGUAAUGCAAAUUUGUGGAUCAGGCAUCUUGACCAAAA